AUGGCUGCCAAUAAUGACCUCCGAGGAUGGCUGAUGAGCGGAGUGUCUGGCAUAGCCUGCGUCCUUGGUUCGUCCCUCAUCUGCAUCGAUGUUAUACUGCGGCGGUUCUCUCGCCGCAAGAACUUCCAAAUUGUCAACAGCAAUGGCUUCUUAUCAGCCUCUCUAUGCUUGAGUGCUGGUGUUAUGCUCUUCACCUCCCUCUAUAGCAUGCUCCCCACCUCGAAGGAAUACCUCACUCGAGCUGGAUUCUCGCCCCGCGCCGCGGCCUGCACUCUGAUCGGACUCUUCGUGGCCGGCGUGAUUGUCAUUCGACUUGUUUCUGCCUUCAUCCACCAGCAUAUUCCCUCUCAUGUCGUCGAUUGCGCCCAUACUCACCAACCAAAAACCCAAGAUCCCGAGCGCGGCGAAGUUGGACGCCAAGAACAGCCGGCGUCUGCUCUGCGCCAGGAAAAUGGCUCUACCGAACGGACGCCUCUCCUGUUACAAUCGACGUCGCCUUCUCGCAAGUCCAUGCCGGGUGCCAUUGAGCGACCGGCGCUCGAACCUCUGCGGUCCCGGUUGACUCGUCGCAUCAAUCAGCUCAUGGGUGGCGUCAAACCCCGCUGUGACGAAAACGGCCCGUGCUAUGGUUUUUCGCAGACUUGCGGUCUUGAAUGUUCCAAGAUCCUCACUAACACGCAGAUGAUUAGCGUCGUCGAGGAGAUUUCUCGCCCUUCCUUAACCACGCAUCACAGCAUUGGUGUCCAGCUGGACUCGGAACGCGCAGGAUCUGAAGAAGGCGCUGGCCCAGGGUUGCUCGCCCAGUCGCAUGAUUCGAUACAAGCCUUCUCGGGACCAUUGGAUGCCGGUAACUCCCAGGAAAACCAAAGCAGCGCAUCCUCCUUGCGGGCAGGUCUGGAAGUCUAUCCCCACAAAUCUCCAGAAGAUCAAAACGAUUCGACCAAAGCUCCACGGCCCACAUCGGCGCAACACCACCACCACGUGCCCCAGAAUGCCUUUCUCGCUAUCGGACUCCAGACUUCGUUGGCCAUUGCCCUGCACAAGCUCCCAGAGGGCUUCAUCACAUACGCUACCAAUCACGCCAGCCCCACGCUCGGCAUGACCGUCUUCGUUGCCCUCUUCAUCCACAAUAUCAGCGAAGGCUUCGCCAUGGCCCUGCCGCUCUAUCUCGCGCUCAAUUCCCGCUGGAAAGCCAUGUUCUGGUCCAGCUUACUGGGCGGAAUCAGCCAGCCCGCCGGCGCCGCCCUCGCCGCUCUUUGGAUCUGGGGCGCGCAGAAAGCCGGCCACCACGACGAGACGACCGGUCCCUCCUGGGGUGUUUAUGGCGGCAUGUUCGCUGCCACAGCCGGCAUUAUGACUUCGGUUGGCCUGCAGCUUUUCAGUGAAGGGCUGGGAUUGACGCACAAUCGCGGGGUCGGGGUCGGAUUCGCCAUUGCUGGGAUGGGGUUAAUGGGGCUGAGUUUUGCCCUGACUGCGUGA